UAAUUCACGGGGACGAGUUCAGGAGGGGACGUGCUGGGAGUUGGAGGGCCGGAAUUCAGGUUAGGGCAAUGGCAGAGAUUGAAGUACAAACUGCAGAGCUCCCUUCCAUCAUCCCAGAGGGCAGUGUACAGAGUCAGCAUGCAGUACAACAAAAGCAGCUACCUCCCUUGUGUAGAUUUUUUUCCCAGGGUCGUUACUGCCACUUUGGGCGAAGAUGUCGUUUUUUACAUCAACGUCCAGAGGCUAAACCUUCUGGAAAAAAUGUUAAUCCAGGAGAAAGGUCUGAAACUGCAGACGCAAGUGGGGUAACAGAAAUGUCGGUGCCACAUAGCAAGUAUGAGGUGCAGUCUGCCCCCCCUAAAAAUUAUACUGAUUCUGGAAACAAGGUUUACCGAAAUAGAAAACUGUGCCGGUAUUUUGCCUCUGGUUACUGCUCUAUGGAGACACACUGCAGGUUCUGGCAUCCAGAAAACAUUCCACCAGUACAUGACCACUCUGUAAGCAAGAAACCAGUUCCAAGAGAGAAGGUGGAGCGGCCAUCAGUAAUUCCAGAGGUCAUCCGAGCCUCAAAUGUAACUCCCGAAGUAGCUGCUCAGCUUAGAAAGACAGAAGUUUCCCAGCUAUUAAAGAGAUUUCCUAAAGAUAAAGUGAUCAUUCAAGAAAGAGAAGAUGGAAAAGUUACAUAUUACAGAAUAACAGUUCAGCCUACAGAUCCAGAUUGGCCUUUUGACCUGAAAGAGAUGGAGCUCUUGCUGGAGUUUCCAGAGGAUUAUCCCUUGGAGGUUUUUACAAUACAAAUCCCAGAGGAUCAAGUUUUACCCUCUGUUAUGGGCAGGCAUGUGUGUGAAGCAUCUAAGGCAUGGCUACAAGGAAAGCAUGCAACCAACCAGCUGAUUGGGAAGGUGGAGCUUUUAUUCCGUCCUUUUCUACACUGGCUUGAUCGCAACUUGGAGCGACUGUUUACGGAAGGAGCUCGGCUGUUAAAAAGAGACAUCGAGGUAGAAAGAGCCGGGCUGGAGUUUGUACCAUACCAGCAACUACAAGCAGCCAUCACUGAUAAAUCAAGUGAGGAAGUUAACACUGAUAGUGGUUUGCAAGACACAAAGCUAGAGGAAACUCCGAAGGAAGAUUUGGAAGAUGACAACUCUGAUAGCUGGACUAGCUGCGAUGAUGAUGAAGACGAUGAUAAUCCAGAAGCUGGCACGACGGCUGAUGGUAUGAAGAGUGUGGAAGGAGGAGGAGGCCCCGGUCCAAGCAAGGGAACAGAAAUCCAGUUCUUAGGGCUGAAACUAGGAGAAGGAGUGGGAACUUUAACAGCAUAUCGCAUAGUGGUGUCCCUGGUCUGCAGCAGGUGUAAUGUUACAGCAGACCUGUCACUGACUGGAAAGCAGCCAUGUGCAGCACAAUGUGAGAAAUGUAACAGUCGCAUUGCCGGGACUUUCCAUCCAAGCAUCCUGCACCAGUACUCAUCUGUGCUGGGAUAUGUGGACAUUCAAGGAGCAGCUGCUAAGGAUCUUGUCUUGCCAGAGUGCACUUUCAUGGCCGGCUGUUUAAAUUGUUCUCGUGAAGAGCAAAUACAGAAUCUCUCUUUUGGUUUAAUUAAAGACGUGAAUUGUCUGAACUGCCACAGCAAACUCAGCAUUUCUAGUGAAGCUGUCAGAUUCCAGAAGGUUCAGCGGUACCCAAGUAACAAGGACCAGCAUGGCUUUGGUAGGAAGAAAGUGAGAGAUCCUGCAAUACAAUCAGGGAAACCUCUCCCAGAUCACGGAACCUGUAAACAUUAUAGGAAGAGCUGCCGAUGGCUCAGGUUUCCAUGCUGUGGGAAAGCCUAUCCAUGCGAUGGCUGUCAUGACGAGGCUGAAGACCAUGUGAUGGAGCUAGCUACUCGCAUGUUAUGUGGUUUUUGUGCUAAAGAACAGAUAUAUACUAAUGGGAAGGCCUGCAAAUCAUGUGGGAACAUGAUGAAUAAGAACAUGCAAUCCAUACACUGGGAGGGUGGCCGAGGUUGCAGAAACAAGGCGAAGAUGUCCAGGAAGGAUAAGCAAAAAUACUCUAAUUGCACAAAGACCGUGUCACGGAAGAGCACAAGCAAGAAGUAA